CAGAAAGUUUAGACCCUGCCAAUUUAUGACGUCAUAUGUUCGGCCAAAAGAGGGAAGAGCUAUCAGGAGCCUUCCUCUUCCCAAGUUACGUAUUUAAGUCACCCAAGCAUCGAUACAAAAUCCCAAGAGACGCCGCAUCGUCCGACCCAAGUUCGCCAUGUCGGCUCCGGAUUUCCACGUCCUUUUCGUCGCCGUCUUCGCCAGCAUUCUCCUCUUGGCUCGCUGCGACAUCGAUCGACCACAACAUGACGUCGCUCUGUUCAUCUUCGGCGACUCACUCUACGACGCUGGGACCAACAACUACAUAAACACUACUGCGUCUUACAGGGCAAACUUCCCUCCUUAUGGCGAGACUUUCUUCAGCUAUCCGACUGGCAGAUUCACUAACGGCCGUCUUAUGGCUGAUUUUAUUGCUGAAUAUGCGAAAAAACCACCGAUCCCAUCAUAUCUCCAACAAAAGAAUGGCGAAUUUGUGGGAGGGGCAAAUUUCGCGUCCGGUGGAGCUGGCGCUUUACCCGAAACUCACCAAGGAUAUGUGGUGGAUCUCGGGACUCAACUCAAGCAGUUCGAGAAACUGGUGAAGGAUCUGAGGAAGAAGCUGGGGGAUGAGAAGGCGAAGAGAAUGGUUUCGGAGGGCGUUUACAUGGUCAGCAUCGGAGCCAAUGAUUACUUGUAUCCGGUUGUCAACAAUCCAGCUCUGUUUCAGUCCAUUUCCAUGGAGGAUUACGUGGGGAUGGUGGUUGGCAACAUUAGCACUGUCCUUGAGGGUAUAUAUAAAGUUGGAGCAAGAAAAUUUGGGUUUUUAACAGUUCCACCUGUUGGGUGCCUCCCGGCCGUUCGAUUGGUAACCGGAAAUGGUUCUUGUUUGAGACCAGCCAUCAAGCUAACGAAGCUUCACAACGUAGCUUUUCCUGCGACUCUCGCCAAGCUAGAGUCUCAAUUGCAGGGAUUCAAGUACUCCCUCUUCGACUUGUACACUUCCUGGAUUAAAAGAAUCCAAUACCCAUCAAAAUAUGGUUUCAAGGAAGGGAAAUCGGCGUGUUGCGGCUCGGGUCCCUACGGGGGGAACUAUAGCUGCGGAGGCAUGAGAGGGGUGAGAGAGUACUCGUUGUGCCCUAAUCCCAAGGAGUACGUGUUCUUCGAUUCCUACCAUCCAACUGAGAGCGUUUAUCAGCAAUUUGCGCAGUUGAUGUGGAGUGGACGUUUGCUUACAACCAAGCCUUAUAAUCUGGAAGCAUUGUUCAAAUAUGGGAACAUUUGAGCUUUUGUUUUUUCAACGUCCUGGGCAAACAAUUGGGAAUCAAGCUUCAUCUCAUGAAUGAAUGAAUGAGGCAUAUUAUCACAGUUUAAAUUUGUGAUUGCAUUACUGUUGUAAUAAUGUGAAUGAUGGGAACCAAACUUCAUCUCAUGAAUAAAGGAGGCAUAUUAUUGCAGUUUCAUUA